AUGUUAAACUCAGCUAUAAUAAUAAUAGUAUCUAAAUAAACAUCAGCAUAUUGGGGAAUCUCAGAUUUUAAGUUAUCAUUAUUGAAAUGUCCUUAUUUAUGUGAUUAUUGCGAUUAUCUAGGAAUUUGUUAAAAAUGGUAUAGGGUGUUAGCUUAUUUUACAACUCUUUCAUUUACAAAUGGAUAGGGAUGGCUCAAAGAUAAUGCCAUAUAUGAUAGUGUAUAAGAUUGUGGUAUUAUAAUUCUUAAUUAACCUAGGAUUUCAAUAUUAUGGUAAUUUUUUAUCAUCUUAAGUGGCAUCAAUAAAUUUAAAUUUAAAUGAUCCUCAUACAAUGUUAAAGUUUUCUUUUAUAUUUAUAUGUGUGGAGAUCACUGGUUCAGUAACCUUAGAAGUGAUAGGUGAUGUAUAAUUAUAUUAUUAUGCUCCUCCUUUAAUUAGUGCAUCAACUUUAAAUUAUUUUUGUGGUUCUAAUUUAAAAAUGACUAGGAUUGAUAUUAUCGGAUUUAGUAGUAGUUCUUCAACUAUGACAAUAUCUAUUUUAAUUCAUAAUGUUGCAACAACAUCUGUAAACCCAGCUUCAUUUGGUAUUAGAGACUUUGAAGUUUUUACAUAUUAGGAGAAUAGAAUAAUAAUAGAUGAGAGUCUUAUCCAUAAAGAUGAUUAUCUCCUUGUAUUUGAAGGGAUUUUUUCUUAAUAGUAUAAUUGUGUUGAAGGAUGUAGUAAUUGUAUUCGAGAUAUAUGUGUAGAAUGUUUUUCAGGAUGGAAUUUCGAUACAUAUUCUUAAUAAUGUAUUCCAAUUUGUGGAGAUUAAUAGAUUAUAUUUUAAGAAGAAUGUGAUGAUGGUAAUUAAUAAGCUAAUGAUGGAUGUUACUAGUGUAAAUUCUCUUGUCCAUUAAAUUGUAUUUCAUGUGAAUAUGGUUUAUGUAUAUUCUGCAACAAUAAUUACCAAUUGAUAGAUAAUUAAUGUCAUUUUUCUUGUUAAUUUGAGGAUUAGAAUAGUUUAAUUAAAUAUGAUAUAUAAAUGAAAGAAGGUUUUUAUUGUCAAAUUUCAAAUUUCUAGGCAAAUACAUAUCUUCAUCAUGUCAUUAUCAACAAUAACCUUAUAUUAGAGGCUGUAGAUAUUUAAUGUUAGAUUUAGAAUUAUGGCAUUUUUGCUUAUUAAUAUAAUAGAUGUGAAUAGAGAGAAUCAUAAAAUUGUAUAAUUUCUAUUUUGAAUGAAUGUUAAAUUUGUAUGAAUAAAUUUGAAAGAACUUUGAAUGGUUAAUGCAUUCCUAUUUGUAAUAAUGAAAUUUAUUAAGAAGAUGUAUUGAUUGAUAAUUCUAUUGACAAUUAUUAUGUAUGUAGUAAAUGUCAAUUAGAAUGUUUAGAAUGUCAUAAUUCAUUUUGUUUUUAAUGUUUAUAAGGAUGGAAUUUAGUGGAUUUUAAAUGUGUAUAUGAAUGUGGAGAUGGUAAAAUUGCAUUAGGUUCAUAUGAAUAAUGUGAUGAUUAAAAUUAAGAUAGUGGAGAUGGAUGUUAUGAAUGUAAAUUUGAAUGUGCAUAUAAUUGUAUAUUUUGUUAUGGUCAUCUUUAAUGUGCAAUUUGUAAAGAGUAUUUUGAGAUUAAAGAUAAUAAUUGUAUACCUAUUUGUGGAGAUGGAAUUAUUAUUGAAGGAUUAGAAAUUUGUGAUGAUGGUAAUGAUAUCAAGUAUGAUGGAUGUUAUGAUUGUUAAUAUUCUUGUAGAGAAAAUUGUUAAAUUUGUGAUCAUUAAAAUUGUUUAGAUAUUUGUGAUUAAGGGUAUUAUUAUUUAAAUAAUGAAUGUAUUUCUAUUUGUGGUGAUUUAAUAAUUGCUAAUAAUGAAUAAUGUGAUGAUGCUAAUGAUGAUUCAUUUGAUGGAUGUGAUUCAUGUUUCUUUUCAUGUCCUUUAAAUUGUAAUAAUUGUUAUUAAGGAUUUUGUAUUAAUUGUAAUUUAGGUUUUAUUAUGAAUAACAAUAAUUGUUAAGAUACUUGUGGAAAUGGAUUUAAAUCUGAUAUAGAAGAAUGUGAUGAUGGUAAUCACUUGUCUUUAGAUGGUUGUUCAGAUAUUUGUAUUAUUGAAAUAUAUUGGACAUGUUUUGAAGAAGAUUUCAAUAAAAGUUCAUGUUUUUAAAUUAUACCUCCUCAUUUUAAUUUAAUAUUUUUAAAUUCAACAUAUAAUAUCUAAUAUUUCUAAUUAUAAUUUACUAAUUAAAUUAAAUUAUUAGAUUCAUCAUAAAAUUUGACUUAAAACUUUAAAGCUUAUCUUGUUGAUGUUGAUCCUUCUCAUUAUAUUAUUAGCAAUGUAUUAAUUAUAGAACCUAAUAAUUUAAGUGUACAUACUAUCAUUUAUUAAUUAAAAGUUUAAAUCUUAGAAUAAUAAAAAAAAGAAAUAUUUUUAUAAGUUUAAUUAAAUACUGUAUUAGUUGAUUAAAAUGGAUUUUAAGUUGAUAAUGAUAUUUGCAAAAUUCGUAUUAAAAAUCCUAUUGUAUUAACAGAUGAAUAAAAGAAGGUAUCACAUAAAAUUUGCUCUUAUAAUAUGACAAUACUCAUAUUUCUAGGCUUAUCAAGUUUGA